UCCGUACAACUCCCACCACUUAUUUCCCGAAAGAAUCUGAGCGCCAGAACCAACCCACAGCCGCCAAAUCUGCCACCACUUCAAUCCUCAAACACUUGAAAGAGGGUCGCUUCCGAAAAGCUAUCUCCAUCCUGUCUGUACUCUCGACUCUUCCAAGUUUGCUCUUCCACUCGCGCACCAGUCAAGAGUCGCCAUAUCCUACUAUUUUUCUGACCCAAGUUCCGUUCUUCAUAGCACAACCGUAUUUAUAUGCACCUCCUGCUAAAUAAACUUCGUGGUGCACCCAAAGCUUCGCUUGCUCAUUACUCUUGUCUGAUCGACCAGUGUUUAGCACUUGGAUCCGUUCAUAAUGCCAAAACAAUCCACGCUCAGUUGCUAAAGCUUGGCCUUGACAGCAAUACUUUUCUGGGCAAUCGCUGUCUUCAGCUAUACGCGCAAUUUGGUCCUGUCAAUGACGUAUUGAAAGUAUUUGAUGGCAUUAAAGACAAGAAUAUUAUAUCCUGGAACAUAUGCUUGAAGGGUCUGUUUAGAUUUGGCAAUGUUGAAGGUGCCCGCCAUCUGUUCGAUGUAAUGCCUGACAGGGAUAUUGUUUCUUGGAACACUAUGAUUUCUGGCUACGUUUCAUCUGGAUUUGCUAAUAAUGCUAUGAGCGUUUCUCUGGAAAUGCGAAAUGCUGGUUUUAGACCAAGUGAUUAUACCUUCUCCAUUUUGCUUUCACUUGUGUCGUCUGCUUUUCAUGGUAAGCAAGUUCAUGGCAGUAUGAUUCGAAGUGGUGUGGAUGUAUCAUGUGUGGUCCUUGGGAAUUCAUUGAUUGAUAUGUAUGGAAAAGUUGGCCUUGUUGAUUAUAUGUUUGCCAUAUUUUAUGGUAUGGAAAAGGUAGAUGUUAUCUCUUGGAAUUCUUUGAUUUUAGGCUGCCAUAGAUCAGGCUUUAGAGUAUUGGCACUCAAUCAGUUCUUUCUAAUGAGAACCACUGAGCACUCUCCUGAUCAGUUCACUAUAUCCAUGGUGAUCAGUAUCUGUUGUUGCCUCCGAGAGUUGGAACUGGCUUGAAGGUUGCAGUGCAGCUUUUUGAAGAAAUCAAUCAAUGGGAUCGAGCUCUUUGUAAUGUCAUGAUCUCAAGCUUUGCAUGGCAUGGUCGAUGGAGGGAUUCCAUGUGGCUUUUUGUGUAUGCCUUAAGGGACAACCUCGGACCAAUUGAGAUUACACUGAGCAGUGUGCUGAGCUCCAUUUCAGUUUUCACACCUGUGGAGUUGGGCAGUCAAAUUCAUAAUUUGGUUCUUAAGUUGGGUUUUGAGUCUGAUGCCAUUGUCACUAGUUCGCUGGUAGACAUGUAUGCUAAAGUUGGAUCAAUUGAUAGUGCCAUGAAAGUCUUUGUCGAUAUGCCCGUUAGAGAUUUAAUAUCUUGGAACACUAUGAUUAUGGGUCUGGUUAACAAUGGUAAAUACUUUGAUGCCCUACACACUUUUAAUAAAUUGGUCAAGGAAGGUGUACUUGCAGAUAGGAUAACACUAGCUGGAGUCUUAUUAGCUUGCAGUUAUGCUGGUUUUGUCGAGGAAGGGCUAGUCAUCUUCUCUACAAUGACAUAUGAACAUGGAAUUGUGCCAAGGAAUGAACAUUAUUCUUGCGUGGUGAACUUGCUGAGUUGGGCUGGUAAAUUUGAAGAAGCAGUGAAUAUUAUUAAAACAACACCAUGCCAACCUACUUCUACAUUUUGGACAUCACUUCUUGGUGUCUGUGCAAUUCAUGGAGACCUGAAAGUCAUUGAAAGAGUUGCAGAGAGGGUGAUGAAGCUGGAACCGCAAUCAUCCCUACCGUAUUCGGUGCUGGCUCAAGCGUAUGCAAUGAGAGGUCGAUGGGAAAGCACCGUUCGUGUCAGGAAGACCUGGGAGAAUAUAGCUGCACAAAAGGUGAAGGGUUGCAGCUGGAUUGUGACAAAAGAUUAUGCAUAUGCCUUUGAGGAUGACCAAUUACAACAUCUGUGGAGAGAAAUUUCAGUGUUGGAAUUAAUUAUCUGGGAGGUCGAAUAUGGAAUUGUCUAUGAUCAACGUAUUUAAGGAAACAAUACAACGAAAAUAUUUUGUGAUAUUGAUGAUAUGAACCAUAAACCUCAAAUUUAUCGAGUUCUUAAUAGCCAAGGGCCAACAUCUGAAGCUUUGAGGUUGUGGAUUCUCCAAGGAUCACACUGAGCAUGAGCUCCAGACUAUCCUUAGCAACCUGUGGAUAAGAGGUGAUACACGUAUUGUUCUAGGAAUCCUUCAUUGAAUGCCUCAUCCAAAUAAGUUCUUGCUGGAUUUGAAGAUAUUGUUUCAUUUUUUGCAGCAAAUCUGAUGUUCUGUUAACAGACUGCAGCUUUGUUCUGAUGUUUACCAUCUAUUCUCUCUGCAUUUGUGUGGGUUUGCAAUGGUGCGAUACCAAUUGAAAGUAUUCCCGGGGAUGUUUUCUGGAACUAACCUUUGUGCAAUGGAGGAUGAAGUUUGGAAGAAAACUGAUGCAUACAUAUUAAUGCUUCAGGAGACUGUGGAGAGAUGUGAAGAAGAAGGCGUAAUGCCUCCCUCCAACUCCUUAUUGUCCAUUUUUAUCACUAUGGGCACCUGCUACUUUAAAAAAUUACAUCAUCCAUGAUUCUUUUUUGAGUUUUAAUUUUUCAAGCUUGCUCACCUUAACCCUAUCUUAACUUUUAUCUCAUUGAAAAAUCUAAGUUUUAUGUUGAAUUAACGAUGGAAGUUAUUUCCCAUUACAGUAUCCAAUUUUUUCUGUUGGCCAUUCAAGAGCAAUUCAUGUUCAAGAGCUUAUUGUGAAGAAAAUAGGGUAUUGAGCUAUCCAGCCUAUUGAAUCUUAUAACCCUCAUCAAGUCAAGUCACUCACUAACUAAGCUGCAAAUACGCGCUAAACAGUGAAAUUAUAGAGCGAGUUUGUCGAGGUACUAUAAUGGGUUCGAAGCAUGCUACUAGGAGAAAGAUAAGCUAUGUUCUGUAAUUCCAACGCUACAACAAACUCAGUGAUACCUUGCAUUUCUGCUUGAAGGGUGAGCAGUAUUAGUUUUAGUUGCCUUUGUUGAUAUAUAGUAAAACCCACCGAUUAUUUAUUCUUUGACAUAAACAUUUUUCAGAUGCAUAAUUAUGUGUUCUGAUCGAAAAUUCGAGGAGAACUGAUCAUAACAAUUGACAAAUUCUUUGCUGAUUGAAAGGUCACUUUGAUGCUAAUAAACUUUGUAGUUUGUAGUUUAUUUUGGCUUUUAGCUUACUCCUGUUGGCGAGGGAUAGGAUAAUUAUAGAAUUUGUAGAAAGGGAUAGGAUAAAUUACUAGAAUUUGUAGAACUGAUACUAUUGUAUGGGAAAGAUCGUAUUGUAUUCAGAAAAUCUUAUGGAAGUGCAUCUAUAUCCCUCCUCCAUUCCAUGCAGUUUAGGUAAGAUAAUUGGUUGAUUUUUCUAAAUGUUUUAUUUAUUCUAGGGUCUUUGUAAGCUCUUGUUCCUCUCAUAGGUUUAAUUACUAAUAGUAGAAAAGACCUAAUCGGUUUUUGUGUUACUGGGGCAGAAAAACUAGAGCAUUAAUUGAGGGAUGGUGAGCACCGAGCUGACUGUUCUCUCCAUCAAAAGCUUCUUGUUCCAGAGUAGCUCUUAGGAUAGCUCAUCUGCACAAAGCAACGCAACUGGUUUGUCUAGUAGCAUUUCUACAGAUCAAGCAUUGGAUGCUGAGUCAUCUUCUUGGGAUGAAAAAAUAGGUUAGGAAGCUGUUGCAUAUUUGCAUAUAUUUAUAUUGUGUGCCCAAACCACCGUUCAGGAAAAAGUGGGGUUCUGGAGAGGGGGGGAGGUGUCUAAGAGCAUAUGCUGAUAGUUAUCACAUCAUUCAACCUCGUAAGAUAUAUUUUUUUAUUCAUUUUUUGAAAAAGAUACUCAAACAAUGAUACACUAAAAUGGAAUUCUUUUCUCAUCGAGACUACUCUACUGUCUAACACUGGAAAAUCAUCCAAAAUUUAUGCUAUCUAUUGUAGAUCUGGAGAAUUUUGUUUGGUCGUUUGCCAUUUUUAUUUCUCUACUGUGAGAUGGACAUGAGCUUCCACCUGCUAUUCAAUAUGUCAAAAAUGCUGUAAUGCAUUUCCUUCUCAAUUCAGUUGACCUGUUAGAAGUAAAAAGCCAGGCAAUAAAAAGCAAAGACUGAGAGAAUAAGAAAGUGCCUGACACUGGUUUGUCAAAGAAAUGAAUGACAAAGAACAUGGAUGCUUAAGUUUUAACACACAAUAAGCGUUAGCUCUCUUUUUUUUCUCUUCAUUUCCAUGAUGACACCAUGCUGUGCUGUCUGCGGCCUGUGACUGUGAGUUAGGCGACCAGAUUAUCUGACUUGGAAGAGUAACUGAGGUGCAUACUACAUGGAUGUCAGGAUGAUGAGAAAGUAGCUUGCACCAGCUCGGAGGACUUUGCAAGUUUCCACCACCUUGAUUGGAGGUUCCACCGUUUUUUGUUUAUUUUUUGGGUGCUGAUGAAGGGGGGAUUAACUACUGAAAUGGAUUAGCCUCCACCUUUCACGGCUGAAGUUGAUAAUUAAUUACUGUAAAGACAUUGAGUAUUCUGUUUAAGUGUCCAUUUCAAAGAUGGGGCAAAAUGUUUCCCUGUCGUUAUUUUACAGUUAAAGAUAUGUAUUAUGCUUCUUUUCAGGCCAAUUUGUCAUCCUAGGAACAUUUUUCUCUACAGGUGACUUAUUUCCUAAUGAACAAUUUAUUUUUCGA